AUGAAAAAUUCCAUUUGUUAACGAAAUCUUGUACAAAAUUUUAUUAUCGAUGGUGGAGCUUAUCGAGCGAAUGUAAACUAAUCUAUUUUAACAUCUCGAUAAUCAAGACUACCCUCUUUUAAGAAUCCUCCUCCUAUUUCAACUCCAUCAUCUCCAAAAGAGUAGAAAAUGAUGUGGAAAACAAAUAUUGGUUUUUAAAAUGAUUUAUCUUUUAUUUCCAAUAGGAAUAAAAGUCCUGAUUAAUCAAGUUAAAAGAAAAGUUAUAGUCCUUAAUUAUAUUCGAUAACUCGCAAGCCUUUUUAAUUGUAAUUAGGAGGAGAGUAAUAAAUGUUGAAUCAUCAUUCUAAAUCAAGGGAGAAGAGACCUAUGAGGAACUCUAUAUAUUCUCGACCUACGUCCAGAUUAAUUGAAGAGUCUCAAACAAAAUGUAUGCCAUCAACAGAUUCUGAAAUUAAUAAAAAUAGUUUUAAAUUUCACUAUAUACUUGGAAAAGGAGGAUUUGGUAAAGUUUGGAGAGUUGAAUUGAUGAAAUCAAGGAAGCUGUAUGCUAUGAAAGAGAUGAGUAAAGCUAAGUAAGAGAAAUAAAUCUAUUAGGAUUAUGGCUAAAAAGUCAGUCAAUUCUGUAAUGAAUGAAAGAAUUCUCUUAUCAUAAUUAAAACACCCUUUUAUAGCAAAUAUUCAUUAUGCUUUUUAGGAUCGUGAACAUUUAUAUUUGAUUAUGGAUUUAUUAUCUGGUGGAGAUCUUAGAUUUCAUAUUGGUAAGAUGAAAAGAUUCAGUGAAUAACAUACAAGUAAUAAAAAAGUUUGAUAAUUUAGAAUUUGUAAUUGCUAGUAUACUUUUAGCUCUUGAUUAUUUACAUUAGAAUGGAAUUAUUCAUAGAGACAUAAAACCUGAAAAUAUUGUAUUGGACAAAAAUGGUUAUCCAAGAUUGACUGAUUUUGGAAUAGCAAGAAUAAUCAAAUAAGACAAUGCUUAAGAGACAAGUGGAACUCCUGGUUAUAUGGGUACAUAUAUAUAUUAAAUAUAUUUUCAUAGCACCAGAAGUUAUGUUCAGAUUAAAUCAUGGUAUAGGAGUUGAUCAUUUUGCUUUAGGAGUAAUGAUGUACGAAUUUAUGUUUGGUAGACGACCAUAUUUGGGUAAGACAAGGAAAGAUAUAAGAGAUGCUAUUAUUGCAAAAUAGAUACAAUUAAAGAAAGGUGAUCUUCCUUUAGGAUGGUCUUUAGAAGCAGCAGAUCUUAUAAAUUAAUUACUUUCAAGGAAACCUUAGAAUAGAUUAGGAUUUAAUGGUACUUAGGACAUUUAUGGUCAUUAAUGGUUUGCAGGAUUUCCUUGGAAGAGUUUGCAUGAGAAAUAAUUAGCUUCUCCAUUUAAAUUAUCUAAAUGUAGUGAGGAAAACUAUAUAAGAGAGAUAUCAUCAGAACAUGAUUCAUUGGAAAAAGAGAUUUAAGAGAAUUCAAUUUUAUUAAGACAAGAAACUAUUCAGAAUUAGUUUUAAAAUUACUCAUAUAUAAAAGAAUAGCAAGUCACAAUUAAGAGAUUUUGA